AGCUCCAGUGGUAAAGAGAGCUAAAGCGCCACUCAAUACCACCCAUCACUGGGGUUGUGGGUUCGAUUCCCGCAGCGGUUCGCCGUUUCUGGCCUGGCGCUUCCUUCCCUUUCUUUCCUUUCUACUCCACAGCUAUUCCUUUCCUGCUCGGACGACUGCUGCCCCCAACGGGAUGGAGCCAACAUCAAUAUCAGCACCAUCUGCGAGACGGAAGGGCAACAAGUAGACAGAGUCCCAUAGUCGUGUGCCGGUCAAUCAGCGAUAAUGUGCAGCCGCAUACAGUAAGUGCCUGCGUUUGCGGAACUUCCUAUAUAUAUGGGACGGAGCCAAAGAUGAACAGAGCAGUCUGGUGGCGGAGGGACAACGCUGGUAAAAAACCGAUCUACACUGUGUGGCCUGCCGAACGAACACCAGUGCCCAGCGUCUAGUGCUGAAUGAUUGCGGAACUUCCCGUGCAGUCGCCACCGACGGGACUCUCCCCCUACAAAAUCUACAUUGUAACAAAAAACAUUGUAAUUGAGUAGGAAUAAAGGGGAUGCACAAUAGGCCCACAUGGGCCGCAGUGCACAAGGAGAUGUAAGUCUCCGGGCCCCACUUAGCGUAAAGUAAAGUAAAGUAAUAAAACGAAAUAUAAAGCCCAGAGUAAUUCAUCGUACAUUUCGUUGGGUUGUUAUCAGUUCCAUUUUGAUAUUCGAAGUGAGAGGUUUGAGAAGUAUAUUUCUGCGGCUUCUAAGCUAAAAAAAAUGUCCAGUGAAGGUGAUAAGAGUGAUAAUGUGGAUGCGAAAUUAACUCUAAUGCAGAAGCUAAAAAGUACCUUUAUUACAGAACAAGAUUCCGAGAUGCAGCUAACUUCGGUGGCUGCUGACUCUGAGUACUACGACAUGACAAAUAAGAAACGCGGUGUAGCUCUUAUCUUGAACCAUCGUGAAUUCAAGCGCAUGCCCACACGUUUGGGUACCAAUAAAGAUCGCGAUCGUAUGGAGGAAGUGUUCAAGAAGUUAGAAUUCGAAACAAGAGUCUUCAAUGAUCUAAAUCGGAAAGACUUACGCAAUCUCUUGGAGAAGGUAUCACAGGAAGAUCAUACGGACUACGACUGUUUGGUGGUUGUGGUGAUGACUCAUGGUGAGACCGGGUACCUCUAUGCCCUGGAUGACAGCUACAAAAUAGACGAGUUGUGGCAUGAGUUUACUGGUAACAAGUGCAAAAGCCUCAUUGGGAAGCCAAAACUCUUCUUUGUGAAUGCAUGUCGUGGCGAAAGAUUAGAUCAUGGUGUAAUGCAAGUUCGAGUUUUUACCGAUCAAGUAGACUCAACGGCCCGUGAGGUGACUUACGCCAUCCCAUCGGUAGCCGAUAUCCUCGUUAUGUAUUCCACCUUUGAAGGUCACUACUCCUGGCGCAAUCCUGAGAACGGAUCGUGGUUCAUCGAAGUUCUCUAUGAAGAGCUCAAGAAAUACGGCACAGAACGUGACCUUCUUACCCUGCUUACGGGUGUCAAUAGACGCGUAGCCUAUGAGUAUCAAUCGAACGUUCCAUCGAAUGUUAAAAUGGACUCAAAGAAACAACAACCGUCCAUUGUUAGUAUGCUCAAUAAGAUCCUCUUCUUCACACCGAAGAAGGAUUUUAAUAACUAAAGACUUUUCAAUGAUUGAUUGUGUUAAGUGUUGUCGUAUCGUCUACAAAGUAUUUACUCACUAUUUCUUAAAUACCUUACAAACAAACGCGCGGUGUUCUCUACUUAAUAGACUAAUAAUAAAGUCUAUAAUUUAAACUAAUUUCAAAAUCAUUGACAUUUUUUUUAAUUCUAUUUAAAAUUAUUAUUUUAUUCUUAAAGUUAUUUAUAUGAUUUCAAUAAAAUUAAAAUUAUAAAAAUAAUUUAAAGGAACUCACAUGAAAAGGAAGAGAAAACACGUACAAGCUGUAAGGAAAAAAAUCUCACCUGAGAUUCCCAUUUACACUAAAUUAGAAUUAAACCACUUUAAAAAUUCAUUAAAGUACCUACAUUAAAAACAAAAAUUAAUAAAAUAAUAUAUAAAAAUAGCACAAAAUCGUUUAUUUCAUUGAAAAAAUGAAAAGUAUAGGCCUAGUUCGAACUUCUUAAUGUUUUUUUUUUCAAUACAUUCUUACUUAAAAGCGAUAACACUUUUAAUGUAAAAAAGUAGGAUUAUUAAGGACAUAAAAUGGUACCAAAUUAAGGAAUAUUAAUUUUUAUUCAAAACCAUUUUUCUUCAGCUCCAAACGGACGUGAAUUAGACCACGUUCCUUUAUCUAAAUAAAUUUUUCAGAAUUUUUAAAUAUUCUACCUAACAUAAAUUGACAAUUCAUAACAAUAAUGAAUAGAAAAUUAUCGAAAAAGAAAAA